CGGAAGCUACGGUCAGAAACUAACUUCAGCGAGGUUGUUGUUCUUGUCCCUUUAACGUCAUUUCCUUUCUUCUGAAGCGUGCUGCGCCUGAUAAAGGACAAUGGCAGCGGACAUUAGGACGGAGGACUACCCUCACGAGAUUGACGAACAGCUCGCGGGCUUCGACGACUCGGUUCGCUCCGUCAAGACCAUGUUGGACAAGUUGAUGUCGAUGCCCAGAAACGACCCGCUGCAAAAGCUGGAUCCUUUGGAUCAAGCCAAGCUGGAUCUGAUGUCUGCCUACACCCUCAAUUCAUUAUUCUGGAUGUACUUGGUUACGCAAGGAGUAAACCCCAGAGACCAUGGAAUCAAGCAAGAAUUGGAGCGAAUAAGGACGUACAUGAACAGAGUGAAGGAGAUCACUGACAAGAAGAAGGCUGCCCGUCUGGAUAAGGGGGCCGCUGCACGCUUUGUCAGGAAUGCCCUCUAUGAUAAACAGGAAAAAGAUUCUAGGAAAAAAGCAGCAUCCAAGAAAGCGGCAGACAAAGCAUCUGACGUCCCGCAGUCCAAGCGUCCGAAGCAGAGCUGAGGUAGAGGAGGCUCUGUAAGGUCUGGUCCCUCUGCAGUUUGCACCACUUUCUGGGGCAGCGAACACUGGAGUUAACAUUUUUGCUCACAAAAGAAACUUCUGAGUUCGUGGGAUAAGGCAUUGUACAAGGCAACUCGAGACGACAAAUAUAUACUUUUGGUGUUCAUCUGGUUUCGCUCACCAGUCAGGAUCAUACCUUAGAGUCAGAUCAUCGGUCACUGUUGUCCCGCAUCAGUCAGCGAAUGUUGCUGGAUGUCCUAGAAACACAAGACUAACAGCCAUCUACGACACACCAUCCAGGUUUUCCUCUACAUAUUUCUAGAUAAUUAUGCUGGCAAGUGCUCUGGAAUCUCAUGCAUACGAUUCUGUGGUGUUUUUGUAAUGUUACUUCAUCACUGAGUUGUUGUGUGCGUGGAUUACCAUAACCAAUAGAAAUUGCAAUUUUAUUUGGAGUAAAAGAUUAAUUGGUUCCAUGCAGGUAUUGUAAUAUGUGAUUUAAGAUUGUAUGGUUCUUUUUAUACGAAGGAGCAAUGUUAAUGCCUGUGUAUUCUGAAAGUGAUUCUAUGAAUCAUGUCAGUUUGUGCAAGUUUUUACACACAUGCCUUGUUUCAAAAUUGUACUGAUGAACUUUUAGUCAUGUAUUUCUUUUAAAAUUGACUUUUACAGAAAAAUACCAACCAAACCUGA